AUGAGUAUUCAACAUAAAGAGAAAUAGUUAUAAGAAAUUAAAAAAAGAAUAGAAGAUAUGAUAUAAGAUUGCAUAAAAAUACAGAAUUUUAAAAUCAAUGUAUUUUUAAAAUUUGAUUCUGAUCUAAGAAAAUAGGUGAAUUCCUCUCCACUGGCUAAGUAAUUAUGUAAAUAGAUAAUUCUACUAAUGCUAACGUGUCUAAGGGAGGCUUAUGACAAAAAAUUUAAGAAAUUGCCUGAUUUAGAAGAAUUUUUUGUUAAUUAUGACGAGUAUGAAAAGACAGCGAAAUAUUUGAAUCUUGCUUGCUAUCAUAUUUGUUAAACCCUUAGUCAAAAGGAGAAGUUUAGUUUCUCUGAAAUAGCUCUAUGCAAAUAUAUAAAAGACAAUAUUUAACAUAUUCAAGAGACUAUAUUUAAGAAUCUGCUGAAUCAUCUCGAAUAGAUUUAUAAAAAAUAAGAAUAUGAAUAUGUACAUAAGAGGUAAGAGAGUGAGAUCUUAAGCAGAAAAAUAGAACAUAAUAAUUCUAUCGAUUAAUUUAAGACUUACAUUUAAAGAUUAUUAUAGUUCUCAUAGAAUAAACUGCUCCUUCAAAAAAGAGAUAUUAAUGUUUUUGAUGAUUUCUGUUAGAUGUUGCUGUUCAAAUUUAUAGAGGAUCAAUACCAAUAAAAGUAUUAGAGAUGGUCUCAAGUUUAUUCAGUUAAAGAUUAUCUAACAUUAGUGGAAAGGGAACAAAAAUUGAAUUAGGAAUUGUUUAUUUCUUUAAUAGAAUAUGAAACAUUUGAAGGUCAUUAAAAUAAUAUUUUGAGAAUAAUAUAUGAAAAAUUGCUGAUUUCAUACAAAGGGGUAAUCCUAAGAGAUGAAAGAGGGCUUUAAGGGUUGUUGAAGGAAUUCCUCUAGAGCUAUGAUUAUAAUGAUAAGAAAAGUGCUAAAGAGGAAAUCAUUCUAAUCUUGAGAGUGUAUUCCAAAUUCUAAGACAAGGAGAAUUACUUCAAUGAUUUUAAAUAUCACUUUUAGUCCUUUGUAAGAAGAACAAUAGAUGAGCAAUACAAGGAGGAAACUCUUCACCAUGAAUUAGAGAAAUAAAAGUAGAAAUAUAAAUCUCUGGUAAAGAUUUUAUGCGACAUUUAUGAUAAAUUUAACGAUCUGAUUCUGUAGUGCUUUAGGAAGAGUACUGAUUUCAGAGGAAGAUAUGACCUUGAAAUGAUAGUCAAUUCUGAACUCAACUUAUUUUUCAUAAGUUUAGAAUAAAGUAUUCAAUUAACAUUGCAAUUAUGCGAUUAUGUACAUGAGCUGAUAAUGUAAAUGGCCAAAACUGAUGAUCUAUAAUAAAGAGAAGAGAAUUAUGAUGAAAUUAGAAAGGUAUAAAAUUGCUUGUUACCAUUUGUGAAAGAUUACGAAUACUAUCUGCUUAUUUCUUAUUAUCGAUUGGCUUCAAGAUUACUUGGUUAUCUGUUGUUUUUUGACAAGAAUUAUGUAAUUAAUCAUCUAGAAACUGAAAGAUAAAUACUUGAUAAUAUGAGAAGGUUCUGUGGGAAUAAAAAACUAAAAAAGUUUUAUAAGAUGAUUGAUGAAACAUCAGAAAUUGCAUCGAAAACACAAAUAGCUACUUUUGACGGAGUCCCUUUAGAAAUUAUUCAAAUCAAUAAAAAGAAAUGGCCAAUACAUUAUGGCAAUGACCAAAAUGUAUUUAAACGUUUUGAUAAUCAAAAAGCAGAUUACCUUAAGAUGCAGAAUUAGCAACACAAUAUUAUAUUUAGUGAUACCUUAUCUUAUGUUGAGAUUUAUUGGAAUGAAGUAAAUAAAAAACUGUUGAUAAAUUGCGUUUAAGCAGCAAUUUUAUUAUUGUAUGACAAAAAUGAAGACCCAAAAUCCUUAAAUUAGAUCUCGGAUUCAAUCAAUUUAGAAAAGGGCCAAGUUAAAUUUCAACUAGAUAGAAUGGUCAAACAAAAAAUCCUAUGGAAUGAUGAAUAAUUUUUUUAUCUAAAUAAUUCAUAAAUUGAAUAAGAAAUCAAAUAAGAAUGGAUUAUCAUGGAACACAACAUUUACGAAAAUGAACGAUAUAUAAAUGAAAUCAAACCUGUUGUUGAUAAAACAUAAGAUUUUAAGUAUCAGCUAGAUGCUUAUAUAAUGAAAGUCCUAAAAGCAGAAUAAAGAGUGUUUCACAAAACUUUACUCGAGAAAGUUUAACAACACUUUUACCCAACCCUAGUAACAAACGAGUAAAUCAAAAUAUCGAUUGAAUUCCUCUCCAAAUACUAGUACAUAAGUAGAGAUCCAAAAGAUUAAUCAGCAUAUCUAUAUGAAUGA